AUGGCAGCUAUUCACCCAUUCAUCGAGCAAUUGAAUGCUGCCAUGUACGCGGAGGACAGGAACAUCGUACUAUUGCUCGACAACGCGAGCAGCCACGUGGUCAAGUCAGAGGGAGCCACGUUGGAAGACCUUUUCGGCUUCUACACGCUCUUGCUCUCGAACAUCCGGCUCGUGUACCUCCCUCCGAAUACCACGUGCUUCACCCAUCCCCUGGACCAGGGGUUCAUGGCCACUGCGAAGGCGCGGUACCUGGCGCGUUGGCUCCGCGGCAAUGGCGCGGCCAACAUCGAACUCGAGGAGGUUGUGGGCGACGUGGGCAUUCUAAUCGAUCGCCUCGGCCUCGGUUCCGGCGCGAAGCCGGCGGCGGAGUUCGUCUGCAUUGACGACAACCAGCCGACAUGCGCUGAGCCGGGCGAGGACCCACUCGCGACUGAGCCACCAGCAGCGCCGGCAACCGACAUGUGGGAGGCACUCACGAGCAUGCAAGAUGUCUACCACGACAGCAACCCGGAGUCUCGCGAAGCAAGGCGCUACGCACGCGCGGCGUGCAAGAUGCUCAUUGGCUAUGCGAAGGUUACCGACAUCACCAAGCGGGACCUAUGCGUGCUCUUCGACAUCCGCAACCCCAUCAUCAGGGCGCGCAUGGAGCGUGCAAGCCCGCCCCUAAACUUGAACAUGACCCCUCCUCCCGCCAUGCCCCUUGCCGCCACCCCGCCGGCUGAGACCCCUCGUCGCCGUGGCUGCGUGCUUCCGCCGUGGACGACGGAGCCUACCCCUUUGUGGGUGGCACUGGCUCAGCAGGCUGCUCGCCGCCAGGAGCUGAUUGACACCGGUGCGCCUACCGUCACGCAGGGCUACUUGGAUGCCGCUGAAUAG